CCAACAAGACCACCAAGAAAGCACCCGCAUUCAGCAAUUAAACCAAGCCCAAAAAAACCUCGCCCAAGCCCAAAAAGCCCUAGAAAAUUACCAACAAAUAACUAUCGACUACAACAAAGCUGGGGAAAUCAAAUACCAAAUUAUCCCCCACUUACAAGAAAAAAUCCGUGGUUUGGAACAACAGGCUAGCCAAAACACUUUGCGAAAAUACGCCAUUAGUCCAGAGGACAUUGCGACAACUAUUGCUAAAAAGUAUGAUUUGCCCUUAGGAAAAAUUUUACAAGACGAACAGCAAAAACUCCUUUUUCUCCCCAGCCUUCUCGCCCAACGAAUUAAAGGUCAAGACCACGCCUUACGGGUGGUCAGCGAGGCCAUUUUUCGGGCUCGGGCUGGUAUUCAGGACCCCCAUCGGCCCUUGGCUUCCUUUUUCUUUUUAGGGCCGACCGGAGUGGGAAAAACCGAAGUUGCCUUAACUAUUGCCGAACAACUUUUCGACCAGGAAAAAAACUUACUGCGUUUUGACAUGACCGAAUUUACCGAACCGCACUCCAUCAGCAAACUUAUUGGUGCUCCCCCUGGCUACAUUGGUUUUGAAGACCAACCACGCUUAGCAGCCGUGCGGGAAAAAAUGCAUAGCGUGCUAUUAUUCGAUGAAAUUGAGAAAUGCCAUUCCGAAGUAAUUAAUUUGCUGCUGCAAAUCCUCGAUAAUGGUUUUUUAACAUUAGCAGACGGACGCGAGGUUAAUUUUCGUAAUACUAUCCUCAUUUUGACUUCUAACCUCGGCUCAGAAUUAUAUUUUACCCCAGGAGAAACUGACGAAUUAGAAGGAAAAUUACACCACACAUUAAAAAGUUAUUUCCGACCCGAAUUUCUUAAUCGUCUCGACGAAAUAGUUUUCUUUAAUUCUUUAACUGCCGAAGUAGUGCAGGAAAUUAUUAGGCAAGAAUUAGCAUUAUUUAUUCGACGAGUAGACCAGGAAAAAAAUAUCAAAUUACACUACGACCAACAGGUAAUUGAGAAAAUAUUUCAGGAAGCCUACUCGCCUGAAUACGGUGCUCGUCCGGUGAAAAAAUACCUUGAAAAACAAAUUGGCAGCCUAAUUGCCCGGGGCAUUAUCGCCCAAUUUUUAAAAAGUGGCGGUAAUUAUUUGUUAGAACUAGAAGCCGGAACGCAAGACAUUAAAAUUUCCAAUUUCUCCUUUUUGGCCGAGAAAAUAAAAAAAUUAAUUCGUUCCUAA